CUCCGUUGUCUUAUCGGAGUCGAAUGCUUCGGUAUCUCGAUGCUGGCAAGAAAUUAAUAUGUAGGCAUCCAGAUAAGUAUACGUGUGCAUCCAUUAUGAUACCAAGAUACAAGACUCUAUCCGUAACUUAUAUAUAGAUAUGUGUGACUACACUCUUCAUGUUAUUGAACCAUGUUUCGGCCUUUUUCUGGAGUUCGGGCGAAACAACCCAUAAUCCGUACUACAUCUACCAACGCAGGAUGCCACCUUCCUACAACAUUCCAUACAGCGAACCUUCUCUUCCAGCAGUGCCCGUUCAAGUUCCCCUCCAAGCUCAACUAUCUCCACACCCUUCAGUACAAAAUGUGCAACUGGUACCGUGCCUGUGUCCCAUUUCCACCGACUACGAACAGGUCAAACCCGAAAACUAUUAUCUGACUCCUCCAGCUCAACAUGCACCGCCUCCCAACAACCAGAACCAAGUGAAAAACGGACAGAAUUGAGGAAGAAUAUCAUCGAAUCACCGUAGCAUAUCGUCAGAACGAAACUGGAAGUUAUUACAGGAGUUUCCUGGCCAUUAGUAUAAUUCACGAAUUUUAUUGUUUCGAUAUGACUUUCUCCCAUGAGAAAACAGAUUCGUGGCUACCGUUUGCCUUGUUCGCUCAUUAAUUGCACUCUUCGCGAUGUUGUACAGAACUUAUUAUUUAUUUAUUCGAUGGAUUUUGUGUUCA